AGGGGGCGGCGGCGCCGGGUUCCGCUCAGUAGCGGGGCCACGGGGAGACAUGGAUCAGCAACAGCAACAGAAGGAGCAGAAGCCACAGAUAUGCCCCGGGGGGAUAAGCGAGCAGAAGCCGGUCACCCCCGAGAUACAGUCCAUCGCCAAUGCCGUGAAGAUUGAUGUUGAAAAGCAACUUAAGAGAACAUUUGAUGUAUAUGUGGUCGUAGCCUACAGAACGCAAGUUGUAGCUGGUACCAAUUACUCGUUUAAAAUCCACGGUGGCAAAGAUGAAUACCUCCAUGUAAAAGUGUAUGAAAAGCUUCCUCAUGAAGGAAGUGUCAGAUCUGUGACCUCUGCCACGGAUGGCCAUUCGCUUGACGACGCAUUCUGAACAGUGACCUUGCUUUCACUGAGCUGGCUACUGCACAACACACCUUGUCUUAAAUCUUAACUUCACCUAGAGUGCGUUUCCUGUUCUAUUGCAUAAUCAAUUUCUAUGUCUAUGAAUUAUAAAGGCCAUAAAUAUAUUUGUUAAACCUAAAUAAAUGGAUAGGGGAGAAUGUAUGGAGUUAAAAAAACUAAAACCCAUAUGAUGCCCUGGGCUGAACAGAAGAGAUCUUGUAAUCAAAGAAUCAUGUGAAGAUAUUUCUCUCAACCUUAUGGCGAUGCAGUUGAUGCUUAAUAAAGGGAUGGGUGUGAUUCUGAAACUGAAUUGUUGAGAUGACAUGUGCUUUCAGUGUUGUACUCAACAUUUUUAAGAGGAAGUUUUAAUCAAUAUAAAAAGUAAUGGAGUAACUCAGUGGGUCAGGCAGCAUCACUGGGCAACGUUUCAGGUCAGGACCCUUCAAUCUGAAGAAGGGUCCCAAACCAAAACAUCGGCCAUCCAUGUUCUCGAGACGUGCUGCCUGACCCACUGAAUUACUCCAGCACUUUGUCUUUUUUUGCAAACCAGCAUUUAAAAGUCUUUGUCUACAUCUUAAUAAAAAGCUUUUUGAUUUAA